CUCAAGAAGAUCCCCCACUUCUACCUGGGCUGGGUGGAAGGGGCUUGGGAUAUUGCCAUCUAUGUCCUCUUCCCCCACCUCCCCUUUGACAGUGCCCAGUUCACCUGCCUGACCCAGGCCCAGAGCUUGAGCUGGCUUGACAAGAUCUUCUACCUGGCUGUGUAUUGCUACUGCUGGGCUGACUACAUGCAGCACCUACCUGUGAGCUAUUGCCAUGUGCUAUAUAGCAUGCAGGCUACUGCCAGCUACCAGGCCUGCCAGCAGCUGAGCUACUACCUGCAGCCUGAGUACCUGGCUGACAUCUGGUGUGACAUCCUUGACACCAUGGCUAGCACCCUAGGCCUGUGUCACUUCUGUGACCCCUAG